UCUAUAUUCUUCAAGGCUGAAAGUUAAGAGUGAGAUCAAUUCAAAUAUUCAAAUAAUCACAUGAUGAAGCAUUCCACUCUCAAAUCUUUUUAUGUCUAUCCUUUUCUAGUUUUGCUUUAUCCAUUAGUUGUGACAGCUACACCAAAACCUCAAUAUAAAAACUAUUCAUUUCCUGCUGUUAUUGCAUUUGGUGAUUCAAUCUUGGAUACUGGUAACAACAACUAUAUCGAAACGAUAGUGAAGGCGAAUUUCAAACCAUAUGGGAGGGAUUUUAUCGGAGGAAAAGCGACAGGAAGAUUUUCCAAUGGAAGAAUCCCUUCAGAUAUUUUUGUUGAAAUGCUUGGUAUUAAGGAUUCCAUGCCACCUUAUCUUGAUCCAAAUUUGAAGAUUGAAGACUUGUUAACUGGAGUGUGUUUUGCAUCAGCUGGUUCAGGAUAUGAUCCUCUUACAAUUGAGCUAGCAUCAGUGUUGUCAACAGAGGAUCAACUAGAAAUGUUCAAAGAGUAUAUAGGAAAAUUGAAGGAAGCUGUUGGAGAAAAUAGAACAGCUGAUAUUAUAGCAAAAAGUAUACAUAUCAUAAGCAUGGGAAGCAAUGAUGUUUCAGGAACAUAUUAUUUGUCACCAUACAGGAAGCAUGACUAUAAUAUAGAAAUUUAUACAAGUUUGUUGGUCACUGCAGCUUCAAAAUUUGUUAAGGAUCUUUAUGAAUUGGGAGCAAGAAGGAUUGGAGUAUUUAGCUUAGGACCAGUAGGAUGUGUGCCACUACAAAGAACAGUAGAAGGAGGACUAGAAAGGGAUUGUGUAGGAAAAGUGAAUGAAGGAGCAUUGAUCUACAACAACAAGCUUUUAUCUUCAGUUGUGGAUCUAAGAAAAACACUUCCAGAUUCAAGGCUUGUCUACCUUGAAAAUUAUAGUGAAUUGGAUGACAUUAUCCAAAACCACAAUCACUAUGGAUUUGAAGUGGGGGAUGGUUCAUGCUGUGGCAUUGCAAAUGUGGAACUUGGUCCUCUGUGUAGUUCUUUCACCUUAAGAGUGUGUGAAGAUACCUCUAAAUAUGUGUUUUGGGACAGUUAUCACCCCACAGAAAGAGCUUACAAAAUGCUUGUCACAGAAGUCUUAAAAAACAGGAUUGAUGAAUUUGUUUGAAAAUAUUUUCCAAUUUAGAUUAGGACAUACCUUCCAGUGAAUCUAAUGCUGGGAUGGGAAUAGCAUCGAUAUUAAUAUAUUUGACCAGUUUAUAAAUUAUAUUGUACCAUGAAAAGGCUCAACAAUGGUAACAAACAGAUUUGGAUUUUGACA